GGCGAAUCGAAUCUACGUGUGCGCGAAAAAGCUGAAACCUUUCACGGGGAAAUCUAGAAAGAGAGACAACGAGAGACGGAUUACGAAUGAUAGAUCCGCAAUCAGACAAGAACCCUCCACUCUUUCCGAUACUCGAAACCAUAAAAAGACUAGAUUUUUAGGUAAUAAUGGAAUCGGAGCUAAAGGAUAUGAAUUCGAAUCCACCGUCGAGCAAAGAGGAACGCCCCUUGCUCAAAUCAGAAUCCGAUGUAACCGCCGCCAUUGAAGAGCUCGACAAAAAGUUCGCGCCUUACGCGAGGACGGAUUUGUACGGGACGAUGGGUUUGGGUCCCUUUCCGGCGGCGGAGAAAGUCAAGCUGGCGGUGGCGAUGGUGACGCUCGUUCCUGUUCGGUUUGUUCUGGCGAUGAGCAUACUGGUUCUGUAUUACUUGGUGUGUAGGGUGUUUACUCUGUUCUCGUCUCCGUACCGUGGAGCAGAGGAGGAAGAGGAAGAAGGCGGAGGGGUUGUUCAGGAAGAUUAUGCUCAUAUGGGUGGAUGGAGACGGACUGUGAUCGUGGGGAGUGGGAGGUUUCUCUCUAGAGUUUUGCUUUUCGUUUUUGGGUUUUAUUGGAUUCCUGAGAGCUGUCCGGAUCCUGAAACCACUUCUUCUUCUGAGGAAGAUGAUAAGGAGGAACCUGAAAGACCUGGAGUGAUUGUGUCUAAUCACGUUUCCUACCUUGACAUUUUGUAUCAUAUGUCUGCUUCUUUCCCAAGCUUUGUUGCCAAGAGAUCAGUGGGCAAACUUCCUCUUGUUGGCCUCAUCAGCAAAUGUCUUGGUUGCGUCUAUGUUCAGCGAGAAGCAAAAUCACCUGAUUUCAAGGGUGUAUCUGGCACAGUAAAUGAAAGAGUUCGAGAAGCUCAUAGGAAUAAAUCUGCUCCAACUAUUAUGCUUUUUCCAGAAGGAACAACCACCAACGGAGACUACUUGCUGACAUUCAAGACAGGUGCAUUUUUGGCAGGAACUCCUGUUCUUCCUGUUAUUUUAAAAUACCCCUACGAGCGUUUCAGUGUGGCAUGGGAUACAAUAUCCGGUGCACGUCACGUGCUCUUCCUUCUCUGUCAAUUUGUAAACCACUUGGAGGUGAUACGGUUACCUGUAUACUACCCGUCACAAGAAGAGAAGGAUAAUCCCAAACUCUAUGCUAGCAAUGUCCGGAGACUAAUGGCCAGCGAGGGUAACAUGAUACUGUCGGAUUUGGGACUUGGAGACAAAAGGAUAUAUCACGCGACCCUCAAUGGUUUGUUUUGCAAAAGCUAAUACUGAUGGACACUCGAAAAUUCGUGGUCCGUAGAUUUCAUUUAUUCAUAGGACACAAGGAUUACACUUUUUAACACCACAUCAGUUUAUAUACACCACAAAACCAUAUUUAUCUACAUUUGUUAUUCUUUUUUUUUUUUUGGCCUCUGUCUCCUGCUGAAGCAAGUUUAGAUACACACAUAUACACACACACACGCCAGGUUCAGAUCUUGUAGAGAACUUGACUUGGAAUAUAUAUAAUGUUGAUUUGUUCUAA